UGAAAUGAUGGUAACAAGCUCCUGACACGCAGCAGACAGAUUCUUCUCUGGUUUCCACAUGAACGUGGUGCUAAAAUCAACCUCUUCUUCCCAUUCACGACAGAAAGGAAACAUCUAUCUGUCCGACUACAACAUUCUGGAUGGGGUGGAAACAAACACCAUAAAUGGGAGGAAGCAGUUUCUAGCUGCUCCGUUGGUUUUGUUCCACAAGAACGAGUACAAUGAGAUGAUGCCAAUUGCCAUUCAGCUAAAACAGAAACCAGGAAGGGACAACCCCAUCUUCUUCCCCACGGAUUCAGAGUAUGACUGGCUGUUGGCAAAGACGUAUGUGAAAAGCGCAGACUUCAACCUGCAUGAGCUCAACUUUCACCUGCUGCGCACUCACCUGCUGGCUGAGGUGUUUGCGGUUUCUCUGCAGCGCAACCUUCCCAGAGUUCACCCUGUCUUCAAGCUCCUCAUCCGUCACACACGCUACACCUUGCAGAUCAAUUUCUUGGCUCGAAACUUGCUCAUCUCAAAGAUUGGAAUCCUUACCCUGUACACAGCAUCUGGUGGAAAAGGCAUACUGACCCUCUUGGACAGGAGUGUCUCCUCCAUGACCUACAGAUCCCUCUGCAUACCUGAUGACAUCGCUGAUCGCGGCCUGGAAGAUGUGCCCAACUUCUACUACAGGGACGAUGGGUUAAAGCUGUGGAACAUCAUGCACAGGUUUGUUCACGACAUCCUCAGCUUCUACUACAAGUACGAUUGGAUGGUCCAGAAUGAUGCUGAGCUGCAGAACUGGAUUCAGGAGAUCUUUGAAAAUGGCUUUCUGAGACGCAGAGAGACCGGAAUCCCACAGAAAUUCAUCACUGUGGCUGAGCUGGUCAAGUUUGUUACCAUGGUGAUGUUCACCUGCUCUGCACAGCAUACUGCUGUGAACGAUGGACAGUAUGACUUUUACGGCUGGAUGCCCAAUGGCCCCUCCACCAUGAAGAAACCCCCUCCAACCCAGAAGGGUAAAGCAGAUGAAGCCAGCUUCCUGUCCACUCUACCGGACGUUGAGACUACAGUACUCAUUAUGGCUACUGUCUGGCUGUCCAAUAUGCAGACCUCUGACAGGCGAUACCUUCAUCAGUUUGUAGAGGAGCAUUUCACAGAGGACUUUCCGAGGUACAAGGUCACAGUGUUCCAGCGAGAACUUAAGAAACUAAGCAAAGAAAUAUAUAAAAGAAACAGGGAUCUGGAGCUGCCAUACACCUAUCUGGAUCCAAAGCUGGUGGAGAACAGUGUAGCCAUUUGAACCCUGCUGAGGGUCCACUUUCAGCCAAAUCCUCCAACCUCAAAGCUAGACCUAUGCUAAGUUAUUUUUUUUAUUUUACUGUAUUUAUUUAUUCUCUGCGUUAGGAUGGGAAAUUGGUUCUCCGCAUUUGGGGAAGCGGUGAGCUGCAGCCAAACUGCGCACGGAAGGCAGUAGAGUUAAGGGUCUUGCCUAAGGGCCCUCACUGGGGGAUGUUAAUUGCUCGCGAUAUGGUAAUUGCCCCAGGACCAUUGUUCAUUCCCCUCCAGGGGGAGGGGAAUCAAAUCCUGAUUUUCUGUGUGGUAGUCUUUCACCUUACCAACCAAACUACCCAGCCGCCAUGCAUCCAUACUCGUUUUGAUUCAAAGUCUAACUUUGAGACACUUUUAAUGAUAUGACAUACAGUCAUUCGAAGCAAAACAUAAAAUAACAAAAACACCUGUUGAACUGUAUUACCAUCCAUCGUAGAACACUUAAGCCAGGGGUGUCCAAACUACGGCCCGUGGGCAAACUGCGGGUCUGUUUUUAUUGGCCCGCAGCAAAUUUUAAAAAUAUAAUUGAAUGUGGCCUGCACAUUGCGCUUCAGCUCAACUCUGUUGCACUUCUCAGUUUCAACACUAGAUGGAGUCGGUCACAGAAAGGUGUGUUCCGGAGUGGGUGUGUGCUGAGCGGGGCGCGUGCCAGGAGAGAGAGGGGGAGGAGGGCUUGCAGGUGGAGAUGGGUGUGUGAGCACGGAGUGGAGGUGUGGGGGGUCAAUUUAUUGUGUGUUCGGAGGACGGAGCAUUUUAAUAAAUAGCAUUGUGAACUGUGAAAAAGUAUUUCCUUUAUGUAAAAAAGAACUUGUUUUGUUUUGGAAAUUUUUUUUGUUCAUAGCUACAUAUUUUGUCACAGAGUGUAAUUGUAGAAUGAAGCAUUUUAAUUUGUGUGUUUAAUGUUAAAAUUGUCCUCGUUGGUCACCCAUAAGCCCUUUUUUUUGGUCUACUUUUCUGAGAAAACAGGACUUCGACGCUUUAUAAACUACAAAAUCGUGCACUCUGCAAAUCAACCACACUAACGGCUACGUAUGUAAAGAUCUGCUGGCUUCAGCUGCUCAAUAAAGCCGUUCUGAACUGCUUGGUUGGAAUGAGGUUUCAUUGUCUGAGUGAAUGUUUCAUUUUGACGUGUGCUUGUUUUAUGUGGCACAGAUCAGCAUCACUGCUCCCACUGAGAGCAUUGUUCUUCACAAUAUAGGUGAGUUAAAAAUACACAGUAAUCAUGUGUCAAUAUGUCACCUCUGGUGUGCGGCCCGGACCUUUGCUCAUUUUUCUGUAUUUUGCCCUCACAAAAAAAAAACUUUGGACACCCCUGACUUAUGCUCUUUACAUUGAGGCAGAACAACUGACUUCCUCACUUUGUGUCUUUUCAGUGCGGCUUCAAGUCAGUUCCAAACACUAAAUAAACAACAGACAAACGUGAAAUGUUACAUGGAAAGUGAGGACAUCUAAUUAAAAUGUCUACAAUGUAUCAAAACAUUUGAAUAAAGUAAUAAAUAUCUACACAAUCAUCCAGUUUGCAUAAAUUGUGCAAUGUGCCAAUGCCAAAAUACAGAUAAAAUUAGUCCAAAUGAUUUGAAUCAUACAUAAAAUUGUAUUCAUAGAACAGAUUAGUGGACGCAUAUUUUAUGGUGGCGGAUGAUGCUACCUUUCCUGACAGCACGUCCCUGGUUGACUCAACAUUGAAGAUGUCACAGAUGCCACGCCAACCGCAUUCGGUGUGAACGUAGCUUUGGUCUGAUUUCUCAAUAAAUGAAAGAGAUCAGACCAAAGCUACGUUCACACCGCAUUCGGUGUGAACGUAGCUUUGGUCUGAUCUCUUUCAUUUAUUGAGAAAUCAGCAGGGAAGUGUCUUUUGCUUUUUAUCGCUCGGCUUUUGACACAGCAUUCGACUCUGCUCUGCUGGUGUGUUUUCACGUUUUAUUGUUUUGCUUUGCUUGUAUCUGUGUUUUCACGUUUUUAUGUCAAGUAUUUUUACUUUUUGUUGUAACCUUAUAGCUGUUGUUUUGGUAUUAUUGCCUUAUGAGCUUGUAUUUGUUUGACUGAGGUCAUUUCAAUGCACCAUUCAA